AUGCCUUCCACUCUCUUUUCGUACCUAUCUAUAAUAGCGACGAGCAUUCUCGCCGUGAACGCUCUUCCUGGCUUGCCCGACAAAAUUUACGGCGUCAACCUAGGGUCAUGGCUCUUAAUCGAGCCCUGGAUGCUUCCAACUGAAUGGGUCAGCAUGGGAGGAGAGCGAUGUGAUUGGGAUUGUUCUGCGUGCAUUGCGAAUGAAUACAACUUCGCCCAAGCAUAUCCCGAUACUGUCGACCAAAAGUUCAAAGAGCAUUGGCAAACUUGGUUGACUCAAGAUGACGUUAAUACCCUGAAGGCAGCUGGCAUCAAUUCUGUUCGAAUCCCGCUUGGUUAUUGGAUUGUUGAACCCCUGGUCAACCGCACCUCAGAAUUCCAUGCCAAAGGAGGGCUCUUGGAGUUGCGACGUGGUUUGAAACAAUUAAAAGAUGCCGGAAUCCCUGUGGUAUUGGACCACCAUGCUCUUCCAGGUGUUGCUUCGCCGAACCAGAUGUUUGCUGGAAGGUGUACCGGCGACGUCCAGUUCUAUACACCACACAACUAUCACCGUGCACUUGUCUGGACCGCCGUCAUGACUGCUUUGUCGCAUAUCCACCCCGAUUUCAGCAUUGUUGCCUCUAUCCAAGCCUUGAAUGAACCCAUCAUGGACGCGAAUCAGACUCCUGGCCUGGGCGAAUUUAACAAGAACUUUGCACAAACCAUCCGCGCUGUUGAGAUUGCAUUGGGCAUCCCUGUUCCUGGCAUUUCCAUCGGUAUCUCGGCCAACCUUGCAUCGGCAGCCAAUGUCACCGUCGCAGUCUCGCAGGCAGCCACCCUCUCGUCCAUUUUCAACCCCGAAGUCCGACAAGCCCUGAAGGAUGCCAUCCCAAUGAUCCUGUACGCUGCAAAUCAGUUGGGUAUGAACACCAUUUUCGGCUUGGAUGGUCUUCGGAACGUGUUGAGGAAGCGCCAACCCCUGGUGGUCAAUUUCAUGAACGCUCAGUGGCAAUACAACAACCCUUCGAAUCCCGCUGAUGGCGCUAUUGGUCCGACUGCUUACGACAACCACCUCUAUUACUCAUUCGGAGGCGUUGCCGAUGCCAACGAGGAAGCUUACUUGAAGCACCUGUGCAAUCUCAACCGCAUCGAGGAAGCUGCCGCUAUCGGGAACAGUCCACUUUGGUUCGGAGAGUGGAGUCUUGCCACUCAAUUCGCAGCGACCGACGACUUCCUGAGAAAAUGGGCUGACGCUCAGAAGCUGAUGUAUGGCAAGGGCGCUGGCUAUUUCUUCUGGAACUUCAAGAUCGAGGAAGGCACCGACACCACUCGCCAAUGGUCGUAUUUGGAGGGCCUCAAGCGGGGUUAUCUCACCCAGGAUCCAUCGCAGUUCCACGAUCCUCACAUCCGCCUCAAGGAGGAGGGUGGGCUGAUUUGGUGA